AUGUUCUACAGUCACGAGAUCCUCAACAAUACCCAGUAUGGGGUUGCCACCAUCUGGCUGGUCGCCACUGUCGGCAAAGGCAACCAGAAGAGACUGACCAAAAAGGCGAUUCAAGAGGUCAAUGUUCCCAAAGCGUGCGAAAAGAUCUUGGACCCAGGCGCUCCCCUCGCCCUCCGCCUCCAGGGAAACCUGCUAUACGGAGUCUCCCGCGUGUUUGCUCACCAGUGCGCCUAUGUCCUCACGGACGCGGAAAAGACCCAGUCUGAUAUGGUGACUUUCUUUCGCAUCAUUCAAACAAGCGAGACCGAUCCACGAGCUGGAAAGACAAAGCGCCAGAACAUCAUGUUGGAGGACGACCCCAGCUUCGACCCCUUGGCUGCACUGCCAAACUUUGAUGUGCUGCGAUGGGACAAAGACCUGGUGCUGUAUCCAAGCCAGGGCUCUGCCAGCAACUUUUCCCAAAUGACACCGCUCGGCACUGCGAGUCAAGGCAGUUCCUCGCCGCGCCACCCUCCUGCACUCAUCAACCUCCAGCUGCCGCCUUCAUCGCAGUCUGCUGCAAGUGGCCGCAUUCCCUCAGACUUUGGCCACCUCAGCCCUCUGUUUAGCAAAUCAAUACACCUUCCUGACGACAUGGGUGAAUUCCAGCCGUUUGGAGAGGACGAGUUUCCGUCCCUUGGUCUCGAUUUCGACGGAGAAGGCAAUCUCAUUGGCCUUUUGGACACAGAGCCAGAGCUACCUCCUCUUCCUGUCGCCGCGACCCCAGUGGUUGGCCUAGGUCUCCAACGACAACAAGCAGCUGAGACAGCUGAAGCAGAAUCCGCCCAAGCAUCUGCCAGGAUGGCACGAUCCCGUCGGCCUGGCCUGAAUACCAUGCUAGACACGAGCAUCUCCAUUCCAAGUUCGGUAAUAAAGGAUUGGAGCAACAUCAAUAGAGAACAUCUCGCCACGAAACCCAAGCAACAAAGAACAAGCACAACUCCUGCUCAGGCAAAGAAGAAUGCAGUGGCACUUCUCUAUGAGUAUGGAGUUGCUCAUGUGGGAGCAUACCACCAGAAAGCCGGCUUGUUUCACCCGUUGGCCACCGAGUUCGCCGGCAUCUCGUUGAAGGCUCGUCUCCAGGGACAGGACCCAGAGGAAGUCGAGCUAAAUGAGCCUGCAAAGCGAGGUCGUCGACGCAAAUCAGACGAAGCAUUUGAGGGCGAGCAAGACGGCGGCAAUCGAAACACAAGGCCACGAACGGUUGAAGGUGUGGAGCUUGGACGAGGCGAUGAUCCCAAUGCUCACGACGAUACACACAUCAUGUUUGACGAUAACUCUAUGCCUGAGAUUGGAAUGGAAGCGGCACCGCCGAUGGAGGAUCGCCACUCUUCCUCGAUGAUGCCAUGGAGCCGACCUGGCUCUGCUGUCCCUGGUUCAUCUGUCCGAGGAAGCGCGCAGAAGCCCAAGGUUGCUCCAAGCCCUCUCUUCAAUCGCGGAAGCGCGGUGGGCGCCAUCGAUCGCCACAGCGACCCUGCCGAGCCGCUUUUCGGGGCCGACGACUUUGGUUCCCAAGACUCGUCUUUCCAAAUGGGCGGACCCGUUGGCCUUCUUGAGUUUGACCAAGGCAACGACACGCAGGCUUCGACUCAGGGUCUUGACCUGACCAGCCAGAACUUUCUGGGAUACGUCACGGAGCAGGCUGAAAAGACGGGAGUCACUCACAGUCGAGAUCCGCGAAACCGCCGCUGGAUCGAUUUCGAGGAGCUGGCUGACCCCAGCACUCAUACCAAAGCUAUUGCCGCCCAGGCGUUUCUUCAUGUGUUGUCCUUGGCGACGAAGAAUGUCAUCUCGGUUCACCAAGAUGGGGCGGCAGCCAUGCAACCAUUUGGGACUCUUCGAAUUGGAGUCAAGUCCGUCAAUGAGGGAGUGUACGCGGAGUCUGAUGAUGAGCUUGCCUGA